AUGAAAAAAAGUUUGGCUGAAGAUCAGUUAGCACUCUUUGUUUCAUUUUGUGCUUUGAGAUAUGCUGUUGAACAUGUUGAUACUAAGCCUAUACAUGAUUUUCAAUUUACUUUUCGUAUUUAUUUUAAUAUGGAUUUGGAUGGAAGUAAAAGGGAAUGUAAUACUUGUGGUAAUAUUGUUCACCUAAUUGAAAGAGUAACACUAAUUGGACGUAUAUGGCAUAGAGCAUGUUUAAAAUGCUCUUUGUGUGGUCGACAACUUUAUAGGGGUGCUUUCUAUUUACUUCAUUUUUCCGAUGCCUCAAUACGUAUGGAAUGUGUGGAACAUGGAGCUAAUACUAUUUUGUUUGGGGACCCUAAACACAGACUAGCAUUACCACCACCCUUACCUCCUCCAAUCACUUCUUCACGUUUAUCAUUUAUUGGAUCAGAAAAUAUGUUAAAUAAAAGAGCCUCAUCACUACUUUCUUUGUCUUCGCCUCCUCCCCGCCCUCCACCUCCACGUCUACCAAGCAUCGAUGCAGUCAAAAAACAUACAAAAUCAAACAUAUCAGAAGAAAAAGAUUUGAAGGAUUCUUCUACUUCAAAAGAGGAAGAAGAAAGCAUUGAAAGCAAAAUUGCUUUAGCUGCGGCUGCGUGUCAUGAUGCCCCAAUUCCCAAACCUCGUGUAUCGUUGCAACAAGCUUGUAAUAAACAACAACAACAAAAAAAUGGGGAAAAGACUUGGGAGAUAUUGGAAUACCCUUCAGAAUUAAAUCCUUUUGGUUCUGAUGAUGAUGAAGAGGAUGAAGCAGACGAAGAAAAAGAAGAAGACAAUUCUCUUAAGGAGUCCAAGGAAUCUCAAAAGGAAAAUUGUGAUAAAAAUGGUAAAGAGACAGAGAAAAGGCCAGUUUCUGUUAUUAAUCCAUUUGAUGAUACUGAUGAAGAAGAGGAUUUAAAGGAAGAUGAGGAAAUGAAUGAAUCUUUAUCUUGUUCACCUUUGCCCAAAAUUGAAGAAGUCAAAGAACAAGAAGAAAAUCUUCAAUCACCUACUAAUCCUUUCGAUAAAAGCGAUGAUAAAACUGAGGGGGAAGAAGAAAAGUGCCCUCCAAAAGUUAAACAACGCCAACAGCAACAAAAUAUUCAUUCACCUCCCCCACCUCCCCUUCCACCUUCUUUUACACCUCAAAAUCGCCCUACAAGUGAAAUUAUUUCUUCUACAAGUUGUGCAUUCCAAUCAAAUAAUAAUCAGAAUAUUCCUCAAAAAUCGCCAAACAAUUUAUUCGAGAAACCAAAAUGUUUUCAGUACAUUCCCCCUCUUGGACCGAUGCCAUAUAGAACUUGUGUUGAAGUUAAGCAUUUUUCUGAUAAAAUUGAGGACGAAAAAUCUUCGUCUUCAGAUCAUUCACUUUUGCACGAAUUAGACACAAAAUUGAGGAGGUUACAUGCACAACUUGAUCAUUUAGAAAUUACUGGGGAAAGAUUGGAAGGGCAAAUUAUUAGAGAAUUAAAUAAAGAGGAUUGCCAAAUCUGGAGAAAAAGUGGAAAAAGGUUGGCUAGUGAAUAUGCCAAAAUUGUCGAGCAAAGAUGUGCUGCUUUGGCAAUGGAGGCUAUUUUGGUUAGAAGGUGA